AUUUUCUUUACAACACAACAACGAAUGUUGAUGGAAUGCAAAAAAAACGUGAACAGUGUUGCCGAAACAAUAAAUACCUAGCGAAGAUUACCAUAGGACAUUUUUUUUCUUCUAUCGUCUUCUAAAGGCCGAAAAAAAGCAACUCUGAAGAACGAAAGUCGGAUAAAUGAGAACGAAGAAUAACAAAUCGGGAAGAAUAGAAGAAAGAAGUGUGGUUAUUUAGCUAAACUUAAAAUUUUUCGCAUAAAAAAGUAAUAAACAAAGUUUUUUUCACGUUCGCGCUUAAGAGAAUGUAAAUAACAUUUACAGAAAUACAAAUUGUAGAAAGUAACAAAGAACGGAAUAAAAUAACAAAGAGUGAAAGCAGUUCAUGGAAACAAAAAGGGCGCCCCAAUUUCACCUACAUCAGGCUCUGUUUUUAGCUCUUUAAAGUUCGCGGAGUGGAGCGGCAUUGGAACUUCAGCAAGAUCAGUGGAAAAUUAUUAAAGUGAAAGCAGAGGAAAGCAGUUGUAAAAAAAAAGCAUUUCAAGAUACCUGGUACAAGCAGUGGUGGAAAACGGCAAGGGCCCACUGCGGAAAUAUCAAUAUUGGGAAUAGCUGUAACAUUAUCAGUGGUUGCUACCAGUACUUGAUCGGUGGAUACGACGAGGGCACACAGCAGCAAUAUCAUCAAUAUUGGCAAUAACUGUAAUAUCAUCAGUGAUUGCCGUCAGGUCUUGAUUGUGCGCGUUGGCUGGCGUAGAAGUACAGAAGAAUUGGGUAAAAAGACGCUUAUCAUCAGGCGGUUAUUAUGAAAGGAACUUUGUACAAAAUGUCUCGUAAUAAGGAGAAGUACGAGAGUGCAAAUAGACGACAACAGAUUUUCAUGUCCGCAGAAGAUGUGGCUGCUGGAAAAAAAUCGUCUUGGACUGGUAUUGAGAUAACAGGUUGUGUUCGCAACAUCAGUCCAUCAUUGUGGGAAUUCGAACACCUAACAGCAUUGUAUCUUAACGACAAUCAGCUGUUACGUUUGCCUGCUGACAUUGGUUUGCUAUCUAAUUUGCGCACGUUAGACUUAUCAAGCAAUAAGCUGCGCAGCUUACCAGCUGAAUUGGGCGAGCUAAUACAGCUGAGAGAACUUCUGUUGAACAACAAUUACUUGCGAGUUCUACCCUAUGAAAUCGGCAAACUUUUUCACUUGCACGUUUUAGGAUUAAUGGGAAAUCCAUUGCAAAAAGAAUUUCUAUCCAUCUAUAACGAACCAAACGGCACUCAAAAACUUUUAACAUACAUGCUGGACAAUUUAUCAGUUUCCAUAACACCUCCACCUCAACGCCCAUGGAUACCAUUAGCAAAACCGAACAAAUCAAGGCCAGCUUGCAUCUUUACAGUUAUGUGUUACAAUGUUUUGUGCGACAAGUACGCCACCCGACAAAUGUACGGUUACUGCCCGUCGUGGGCCUUGAGUUGGGAGUACCGAAAAAAGGCUAUACUUGACGAAAUCCGUCACUAUUCGGCGGAUAUAAUUAGUCUGCAAGAAAUCGAGACAGAUCAGUUUUAUGCUUUCUUUUUGCCUGAGCUUAAGGCCGACGGUUACGAAGGAAUUUUCUCGCCGAAAUCACGUGCCAAGACUAUGUCAGAGAUGGAACGUAAAUUUGUGGACGGUUGCGCUAUUUUCUUUCGUGCUGCUAAAUUCACAUUGAUUAAAGAACAUUUAAUCGAAUUCAAUCAAUUGGCUAUGGCCAAUGCUGAAGGUUCGGAUAACAUGUUGAAUCGUGUAAUGCCGAAGGACAAUAUCGGUUUGGCAGCGCUUCUGAAAGUGAAGGAGAAUGCCUGGGAUCCGAUGACCGAAGUGACACAAAUCUCCCAACCGCUGCUCGUUUGCACGGCGCACAUUCACUGGGAUCCCGAAUUCUGCGAUGUGAAACUAAUCCAGACGAUGAUGUUGAGCAAUGAGCUUAAGACAAUCAUCGACGAGGCAAGUCACAGCUUUAGACCCGGUCACAAAAAUGACGCGAAUAGCGUACAACUGCUGUUGUGCGGAGAUUUCAAUUCGUUGCCCGAUUCUGGUGUAAUCGAAUUCCUUGGCAAGGGACGUGUAGCAAUGGAUCACCAGGACUUCAAGGACAUGGGUUAUAAAUUAUGCCUGCAACGCCUACUAUCGAAUGACACCAGCGAGUUUACGCAUUCCUUUAAGUUGGCCUCCGCCUACAGCGAGGACAUAAUGCCACACACAAACUACACGUUCGACUUUAAAGGCAUCAUCGAUUAUAUAUUUUAUACGAAAACUGGCAUGGUGCCGCUCGGUUUAUUAGGUCCCAUCUCGAAUGAUUGGUUGCGCGAUAAUAAAGUCGUUGGCUGUCCGCAUCCGCAUAUACCAUCGGAUCAUUUCCCGCUGCUGGUCGAAUUGGAACUGAUGCAUACGGCGGGACAACAAGCGCCGCCCAAUGGCCUGAUCAACCGACGGUAGCAAUAAAAAAAUUAUGUAGCCAAACAAUAGAUCAACAACAACAACAACAGCAUAGAGUGCUGACCAUGCGACGGCAACAUCUACAUACACCAACAACAUCAAUUGUAGGGUAGUUAUAGACAGCGUAGGUACUGCUAGCCGCCGCGUAAGGACCACAAAAAACAUGAUAAAAUAAACAAUGAAACAUAAAAAACAGUAAAACUCACAACACCCAAACAAAUCGACAAACAUACGUUAGAGAAAUAAUGCAUAUGUAGUUCAUACUAAAUAAUAGACAUGCGCACACUCCCAUAAAAAUGCAUACAUAUGUACAUAGGCAUAUGCACCAUGUCAUAAUAAAAGGAAAAAAAAAACUACCAACACUAUCAUAAAGAUCAACACAACAACAACAACUGCUGCAAAAGAUAUAGGAAAACGCCGACAUCAACAAGGAUAUCAACAUCAUAAUGAACGGAGUAGAAAAAAUAACAAAAACAUAAAGAAACAAACAACAAUAAUAUUUGCAUAAAUUUUAAGUUUGUAAAGCUAGUAAAUAUAUGUAUAUGUAGUUCUGUAACUUUUAUACAUUUAUUCGCCUCUUAUCAUCCAAAAGUAAGCCUAACUUUUUCCCUUCCAAUAACCACCGACUACUCUAUUUCCCAUAAAUCAUCCUACAUUUCCUCAAUACUCAUUGCUAAAUAAGCAAAUUCGCAAACUCAUUAUAUGUAUGCAUGUGUGAGCUAUAGUCGCCGGCUUAAAACGAUUUACUUUAUAAUAUAACUCGACAAUAAGUAAGAAAUCAAUUUAGUUUGCCUAAUAAAUUUCAAUUUGUCUAUUGAUCUUUUUUACUCAACUUAAAGCAACAUACAAAUUAGCGUUCUCAUAAGCGUAUUAUCUAUGUAUAUAUUAAGCUGCAAAAGUUCAUUUUAUAACAAUUGUUAAAAUAUUUAUAUAAAAAUUGUUUAUUUUAUAGAAAACUUACGGUAAAGUUAUUCAGCUUUUUUUUUUUAAUUUGCUUCUUAUUCCUCGUUUAAAUUUAACUGCAAUGAGUUUUUAAUUAUGCACAUUUAUACUUUUUCCUGGUACAGGGUAAUCAUUGCACCUUUUUGAAAGAGGGUAUCGGUGCUGACAAAGCCGCUGAAUGAACAUAUAGUUUAGCACGACUGAGUUUUCUAUUAUUUGCAUUCAAAAGGUAAGAGAUCCUAGCGAGCCUUUGCCCCACGAGAACAGUAUGUUUACAAGCUAAAUCUUUGUUGUCUGAUGAAAGGUUUUUCUUUUAAAAGGGUAAGUAGCUCGUAUCUACAUACAAUUCGACCCGCCGCAUGUGUUCUAUUUUGGAAAAAGUGACAAAACCGAAUAUCACGAGAACGAAAGAAGAUAUCAAGUAUCGGUAUUUUAAACUUUUUGAGAUUAAGAAUUCAGGAAAAAUAGUCUCGUUGUAUAAAAAAAUUAUCCUGACCUUUAA